AUGUCACAAACGACUAGCCCAGUUACCUCAGCACCAACAUCGCCCUCCAAGCAAUGGCCAAACCCAAUGGAGAACGUGCAAACUCCACUCGACAAGGAUGAAGUGCACCAAGUGAUUGGUAAACACGCGCAACCAAAUUCUAACAAAAUUUUAAUCGGUUGGAAAAACUCCCCAGAAGGAAACAAAGCGCUGGAUCACUACCUCAACAAGGUCUGCAGACAAGGCGACCACGUCAUCCUCCUCGUUGUUCUCCCUACGUCCCUCUUCAAGACUUCUGGCUUCGGCACGGAUGAUAGAAAAAUGGAGCGUAAGGCUUUGCGUGAUAUGCAGGAGCACGCACAGACACUAUCCGUUGAGAAGAUAAAGCUUAUUGAGGAGAAGGGUGCAACGGCAUCCCUCGAAAUCGUUCACGGAGAGCGUAGAUAUGUUAUUGAGUGGCUCGCUCACAGACGCUCUGUCGAUCUCAUCAUCCUCGGCAGAAAGAAGGGUCAUGCUCCUGCAAAGGGUCUCUCAAAGGUGUUCAUGGGUCACCCUGUUGGAUCUACCGUGCAGCACGUCCUUCACAAGGUCUCAGUGCCCGUUUUGGUUGUCAACUAA